CUGUUUACAGCAGAGUGAAGUGAAACUCGAAACUCAAACGACGUAUCGCUUCUCAGCGGCUGAAAAGCACCAGUUCAUAUAUCGCUGUUGGAUAUCCUAAAUAAGCAGUCAUGGUGGCCAUGGCAAAGAGAGUGAAAACCUUUCAAAUAAUCUUUUCGGACCCCAGCAAGACAUUUUACUGCGGCGGGGACAAGGUGUCUGGCCGGGUACAGGUGGAGGUGAACGAAGUGACCCGUGUGUCCGUGGUUAAGCUUCUGGGUGUGGGCUGCGCCAAGGUGGAGUACGCAAAAGGCAAGCAGCGGUGCCGACAGGAGGCCGAGUACCUCAGAUAUGAAGAGGUACUGCUCCUGGACGACCAGCCCAAAGACUCCGAUGGAUCAGUCAUACUGAGGCCUGGCAACAAAUAUGAGUACAUGUUUGGAUUUGAGCUCCCCCAGCAAGGGCAACUGGUGUCAUCAUACAAGGGGAAGUUUGGCUAUGUCCAGUACUAUGUGAAGGCCUUGAUGGAAAGGCCACAGCAGCCCACCUUUGAGUGUAAGAAAGCCUUUGAAGUGGAGGAGCCCCUGGAUGUCAACACCCCAGACCUGCUGUCUCCCUCAGGUGGCAUGAAGGAGAAGAAAGUCACCUGCAUGUUCAUCCCUGAUGGCCAGGUGUCACUGAAUGCAAAAAUUGACCGCCGUGGCUUCUGUGAAGGCGAAGACAUCUGCAUCAAUGCAAAGUUUGAGAACACCUGCUCUCGCAUUGUGGUGCCCAAGGCCGCCAUCAUCGCUAAACACACUUACCAGGCCAACGGCCGCACCAAGGUAUUCCGCCAGAAGUUGUCUUCGGUGCGCGGCAACCACAUAAUCUCCGGCAUGUGUGACGCCUGGCAAGGAAAGACCAUCAGGGUGCCAAAGAUCAAACCCUCUAUGCUGGGCUGCAACAUAAUCCGUGUGGAGUACGCUCUAAUGAUUUACAUCCACAUCCCUGGUAGUGAGAAGCUGAUACUGGAGCUGCCUCUGGUCAUUGGUACCGCUGGUCUAGGCAGCCGCAGCAACAGUGUAAGCAGCCAGGAGGGUUCGGUCAGCAACUCCUCCCAGAGCUGGGUGUCCCUCAGGAUGCCCUCUGAGCCUCCCAGCUACUGUGACCUCACCCGUGACUGCCGCCUGGACCAGCCCCUCACACCGCUCCUGGACGAUGUUGACGGUGACAACAGCCCCAUCUUUAUGAACACUCCAGCCUUUCAGUUCCCGCCAACUUCAACAUGCAGUGAGGCUGAGGAGGAUUACCAUGGCAACGCUCGCAUGCUGCCUGUCUGUUGAAAUCCAGCAGGGAUUCUACAACUGUGGUCCAGCUCUCAGGGACCAUUCAUCUUAAGCACUUGAAAAGGAGCAGAAGGUCCAAACUCCAGAGAAGAUGUGUUGGAUUCAGAAGUGUAUCCAGGACUGUGGAAAUGGACAAAAAGAGGCUUGCCUGCUCUGUCUGCUGCCUUCACCGCGCUUCAUCACCUACGCUGAUCUUGAGUCUUCCACCUGGUGCAGUUCAGGUCAUAGACACAGAGGCUGUGGCGUUCUGUAUUUCUGAAUAAGCUGUCCCUUCCAGAGGCUCCAACCUUCAGGAUCUCACUGUCCAUUCACAGACACUUUAUGACUUUGUUUUUGGGGCCAAAGCAUUGUAUGAGUCAGACCUCAGCCUGCUUUGAGAUCUUGCUUUCUUGGGGUUUGUCUUUUCGCCAUAAUGCAGUGUUUCCCACGAAAUUAGAGUAUAUUUGUGGUAGUGGGACAGAAAAAUGUUGUG